CUUGGAACAAAGCGUUUCAAGGUUUCAUCUUUAUUUGAUGUGGCUAGUUAAUUAUCUACCUAGGUAUAACUACAUAGUAGUAUUUACCGCCUACAUCAUACCUGCAAUAGCUACUCGUAUGCAUAGUCCAUAGUAUUCUUUCUACAAUUCAUUGCACUGCCUUGCGUAUUCUUCGGACUAUUCGGAAGAUUUCCUUCAUCUUUAUGAUCAGCAAAUUAGACACAUAAUGCUGCCGAGAUCAGCUGGCCGGAUUUCCUCUUGGAGGUUGUCAGCAUCUAAUAAACGCCUCAAUGCUACCCUCAAUGCUACCCUCAAACGCGUAUUUUGGCCCCCACCCCAACGAUCAUUCUCCAUAACGCCGGCGAGGAGAUAUCAACUAGGUCAAGAUGACUAUCACAGUGACGAUCCGAAGCAGUCUCUGUUAUCCAAAAUGGGUGAGACAGCAGGCACCACUCUUGCUUCGGUCUUGGUACUGGGCAUUGGCUUCGCAGCCGCUGGUUAUGUUUAUCACAAGUCAUACAAGUACCUGCAAUUAAGUAAAAUCGCAAACGCAUUCGAACCGGGCGAUCCGGUUUUGAUACUGGCGGCUAUGGGAAAGGAAAUUCCGCCACCUAAUGCCCAACAUUGGGUCAUGAGGGAAGAGCAAGCCAAGAUUGACGGAAUUAUCAACGGCUCCGAUAAGGGCCAUUAUUAUCUCCUCAUGGGCGAAAAGGGUGUUGGUAAAAGCAGCAUGGUGUUAGAAGCCAUGCGCAAAAUUGAUGGAGCUGGUUGCGCCAUGGUCGAAGCUCAUGCCGAUCCCGAGAUAUUUCGACUUCGAUUAGGUAAGGCAAUUGACUAUGAAUUCCAUGAGGAUUAUAUCGGUGGCUAUUUCAGCGAGCGCGGCCCUAGGGAAUCGAAUGCUUUACUCGACAUUGAGAGAGCAAUGAACAAGUUGGAAAAGGUAGCACUAUUGCACCGCACAAAGGAGAACAAACCCUUGAUCGUCAUCAUUAACCAAACCCAUCUGAUCCGAGACGACGAGGACGGUAGAAAUUUGUUAGAACUUCUCCAGCAAAAGGCCGAAUCGUGGGCGGCAGCAAACCUAAUCAGCAUGAUCUUCAAUAGCGAUGAUUACUGGGUGUAUGAACGACUGAAGCAGUUGGCCACUUCUCGAUUGGAGGUCAUUUCUAUUGGAGACCUACCGAAGGGACAGGCACUUCUAGCCUUGCAUAGGUACCGCCAACGGUAUUUUGCCGAGAACGUCGACAAGUCCAUACUAGAAGAGGUCUAUGAUCGAGUUGGUGGCCGGCUUUCGUUCCUGAACCGGGUAGCUAAGUCGCGUGACAUGCUUGCAACGUGCGAUCUAAUUAAGGACAUUGAGAAGACGUGGUUCUUGAACCAGUGCUGGAUUCUCGGUUCUGAGAUGGAUGAUGAUGUGAUGGAUCAAGUAAGAGAUACACUGAAAUGAAAAUAUUCAAGUAUGAAAGCUAAAUGGAUAACAGCAAAAAUGGGCCGUGAGUUGCCUGCCAUAAAGAUGGCCGAUAAAGACUUACUAACAGAUCAUAGUCAGCUUCGAUGGUCCUUGCCUUAGCCCUUAUUGACAAGGAAGAGGAAGAGGGGCCAACCGAGUCUGAAAAGGGACACAUCCUUCCGUGGUAUCCUAUGCAUAAAGCGCAGGAGAUCAUGACUCGAUCGGAUUUCAUCCGUGAGCUCGAUCGACUGAACCUAUUCACAAUAACAUGUACAGCCCAGGUUCGCGCCAGUUCCGUUCCGAUGCACCGGGCUUUCAAGGAGAUUUGUACCGAGCCCGGAUUUCGGCAGUUCUUGGAAGAUACUCUGGAACGCAUUGCUGCGAUCGAGAGUUUGGGUCGUACAAGAGAAUUAGUAGCGAAGGACCUAGUACUUGGCGGGAAGUACCACAUCACCAAACCGAUAAGUUUGGAUGGUAGAGUAGAAGUCAAGCUUGAGCAGAAGGAGGACAAGAGUUGACGAAGCCUAUUGAGGGAGACUCAACAUGCUUACCUAAGAUAGGUACCCUGGUGGGAGGUAUCAGUGAGGAAAACGCCAGCUGCUGGGGCAGUUAUUUCUCUUCCUUUACCUUUUUUU